CCACUACGCCGAGGACUCCAUCAGGCCAAAGUGCACCGAACUGAGAGGAGUGUGUGAGGAGAUCAGCUCCACUCUGAGGAGCAAAAAGAGCCUCCUGCUAAGAGCUAUGGAGCUCCACCACGCUCUGGAGGAGGCGUCGCACUGGUGUGAGGAAGGCAUCUUCCUGUUGGCUAACCAGCCAGUGGACCGCUGUCAGUCUCAGGACGGGGCAGAAGCAGCUCUACAAGAACUGGAGCGAUACUUGGAUACAGCAUCCCUGCACACCCUCACUGACCGCAGCGCCAUCUGCUGCCAGUACGAGGCGGUGCUCAACUCUCAGCUCAGGGACCAGAUAGAGAGAGUUUUCCAGAAGCAAAGCUCCGUCCAGGAGAUGUUCGAGAAGAGACGCGUCAGCCUGAAGAAACUCGCCGCUAAACAGACGAGACCAGUCCAGCCAGUAGCUCCAAGACCUGAAGUCAAGUCGCCGCAUUCUUCUCCCCAUCUAGAGAGAAAAGACAGGAGAUACUCUGCUGAUAAUGUCCUCUCCAAAAAGGUGGAGUCUCCUGUACACAACGGUGGCACAAGACAUGCUUCUCUUUCAGAAGAAGAAGAAAACUUGGCAGUGCUUCGCCGUCACGUGAUGAACGAGCUGCUGGAGACGGAGAGAGCUUAUGUCGAGGAGCUGCUGUGUGUGCUGGAGGGCUACGCGGCAGAGAUGGACAACCCUGCCAUGGCUCACCUCAUCCCCAGCAACCUGCACAGCAAGAAGGACAUCCUGUUUGGGAACAUGCCAGAAAUCUACCAGUUUCACAAGAGGACAUUUCUGAAGGAACUGGAAGCACACACUGACUGCCCAGAGCUGGUGGGCCGCUGCUUUUUAGAACGGAUGAAGGACCUGCAGAUCUACGAGGCUUACUGCCAAAAUAAACCUCGCUCCGAGAGCUUGUGGAGACAGUGCUCCGACUGUGCCUUCUUCCAGGAGUGCCAGAAGAAGCUGGAACAUAAACUUGGAUUGGACUCCUACCUCCUUAAACCCGUCCAGAGAAUCACCAAGUACCAGCUACUGCUUAAGGAGAUGUUGAAGUACAGCAAGGGCUGUGACGGUUGUGACGACCUACAGGAAGCGCUGUCCUCCAUUCUUGGGAUUCUCAAAGCCGUUAAUGACUCCAUGCAUCUCAUUGCUAUCACAGGAUAUGAGGGUAACCUGUCAGAGCUGGGUCGUCUGCUGAUGCAGGGCUCCUUCAGCGUGUGGACCGAGCAUAAGAAAGGUCAUGCCAAAGUGAAGGACCUGGCCAGGUUUAAGCCCAUGCAGAGGCACCUGUUCCUGCACCAGAAGGCUCUGCUCUUCUGCAAGAGGAGAGAGGAGAACGGGGAGGGCUACGAGAAAGCUCCGUCUUACAGCUUCAAACACUCCCUCAGUAUGAGCGCGGUGGGCAUCACAGAGAAUGCCAAGGGAGACAACAAGAAGUUUGAGAUCUGGUGCAACUCGAGAGAAGAAGUUUUUAUAGUGCAGGCCCCGACGCCGGAGAUUAAAACGGCAUGGGUGAACGAGAUCCGCAAAGUUUUGACUCAGCAGCUCAAAGCCUGCAGAGAUGCCAGCCAGCAGAAGAGCUCAGACUCUAUGUCCCCAAGUCCCACCAGCAACAACACCACUUCCAUCUCUCUCAGCCCUUUCCGUAGCAGCGGUCAGAAGAACCAGAAGAAGCAGGAGGAGAAGAAGACUGAGCCGGCCCCGACCUCUGACAGCAACUCGUCAUCCUCGCCGAAACACAAAGAGCCGGUGACCAGUCCGACCACUGACAGGUCCUCAGUGGCCAAAAAGCGUUUUACUUUGCAGGGCUUCAGCAAUCUCAAGAGUCCCAAAGGCUCGACUCUGAGCCCUGAGCACAGCUCCAAACGCCACCUGGUAAAGAGCGAUCCCACACCGUUUGGGUUCAAAGGCUGGAACAAGGUGUCUCUCUCAGCGGACGCCUCAGAAGAGAACGAUGGCUACUCCAGCGGCGAGGACCCCAUGAACUCUGACCCCGAGGACGAAGUAGGAAAGAAGCUGGCUCCGGGAAAGUAUACUGUGGUGGCAGACUGCGAGAAAGCGGGACCUCAGGAGCUGUCUGUUAAGAGUGGAGACAUGGUCCAGCUGAUCAGAGAAGGAGAGGAGGGACAGUGGUUCGUAAAGAACCUUCGCACCAGUAAGGAGGGCUGGGUGGCAGCAGCAAACCUCCUCAGCCUCAUCUCAGAGUCCAAGUCAUCUCAAUCACUCAGCAGCUCAGAUGGCAGCGUCUCUGGGAACCUCAGCACUUCUUCCAGCUGCAGCGAGACCUACACCAGCUUCUCCGACAUCAAACCCUGACCUGAGUCAGGUCUUCCCAGCUUUUUUUUUUUUUUUUUUAAAUUUAAAUCACUGCACCUAAAAUCAUUUUGUACAGGUGGAAAAUGCUUAAAAAACAAAGAAGGAAAAAAAGCUGGAGUUUGGUCUGACAGGAGGACAGUCACCCACGUCACAGUUUCUAAAUCCAUCUGAAAACCAAAACUUUCUCUGCAGAUCAACCAGCGCUGGCUAAGUGCUAACUGCCCCCCUUUUUCCAGAGUAUUUAGAAGAACUGCACUGUCAUUUAAAAUUCUUUUUAUAUUCAAAGGUGUCAGCAUGUUGGUAGAAUUUAAGUAUAGAUUUUUUUUUUUUUUUUUUGCCGUUCCUUCGAGCGAGAGGGAAAUAUCAGGGAUAUCUGUCAUUCCUCGGCACACAAGUCAUGUGAUGUAUCACCUCCUGCGAGGCCUUCUUUAAAGCUAAAUGUCCGCAGUCUAAUAACUGACUGAACAGGCAGUCCAGGCCUAGUGAUUAUGUAGCAUUAAUGUGGAGAGGUUAGAAAGGACAUCUGCACUAAACGCGCCGUCUGCAGAGGGGACAGAACUGCUGGUUAGUCGAGCCCCUUCAAGUCGACGACGACAUCGCAGCACGGCAACAGAUUCUUGUGCAGGAGGAUGUUAUGUAGACAAACACCAUCAGACCCCCGAUAAUGCUGGCUUUGGUGUCAGUCGCUGAUCGCACACUGUGAAAAGUAGCAGGCGGCCGCAAGAGGACAAAUGCUUUCAGUACAUCUGGGAGGAAAAGUGAGCAGGUUGAUUGCGUGCAGGCGUUUUGUGUUGUUGAAGCUACUAAAGAACGCUGUAUUCCUCACACAUGGAUAAUGAGCUUCCCUUAAAAGCUGUUUUUAUGAUAUUAAGAACCGCACGCAGUCACUAGGUGAAUGUCAACAACAGUACAACCUGGUGGUCAGGUGUCUUGCACUUCAUUCUAAGUGAAUUGUUUUCCUCCUUUGAGGGAUUGAGCAACCCGCCAGUGCACUGCUCUGGAUUUUUACCUCUCAGGAAGACGUUUCUGUAGGCAGACGGGUGUGACUGCAUACCUGUCUUUGUGUCUGUGUGGGUGCGCGCGCACACUCACCUGAUUGUUUGUGUUGACAACAGACAGCAGUUCGAUCAGAGUUUUUCAGACACAUGUGCAGCCUCUGCUCAAACAGCCGUCGCGGCCCGAAUCUCAGUGUUCUGAAUGUGUGUCUGUUUUUUUUGUGUCACCGUGCUCACCUAUCUUUGGUCUGCACCGCAGCAACAAAAGCAGGCUUUGUCCCCCUCCUCCCCCCCUCCUCUCUGUGCAACCAGCCCUAUUCAAGCAUGUGACAGUAGCUGCUUCUCCACAAGCUGGGUUAAUAAUACCACGGCCCGGACCUGCUCGACAUGUUUGCACCUCCGGCCUGAGAGCAAUACUUUGUGUACUUGACACCAAAAUGUAGCUGAGUAAACGUCACAGUUAAGUAACUAGUUUAGAAAAUGUGAUACGUCCACUGUUCUGAUGUAGAUUGAUGCCAACCGCCUUUGACGACCAGCUGUUCUGCACGCAACCUCUGAAGCCUGUGCUAUUCUGAACACUGAAUGACACCUUCCUUUUUAAAUGUUUUUUAAAUAUAUAUCCCAGGAUUUUUACUGUAUCCACGAGGUACACUGUAAAACAAUCUCUCCUUUUUCCACCUGCGUUGUUGAAUGUGUGACACUGUUUCAAACAGGAAACCAGCUUGUCCACCUGCUCGACAAAGCCAUGAUUAGCAGUUUUUUUUUUUCUUUGAUUUUUUUUCUUAAUUGGACUAAAAUCAGUGCUUGUGAUCGUGAUUGGCUUCUCAAGAACUUGCUGAGAAGCACUUUUUUUCUUUUAAGAUCCUCCCACUGAACGUAAAGGAAGAGGAAACAAACCAGUUUACAGGCCUUUCGAUGUCAAACUGUGAGCUAAACUGUGGCUUGCAUAGCUGUGCGUCCACGUGCUGAGAAAUAAAUGUUACACUUGUACAGAUGUGUCCUCUUAUACCUCACACUGUUCCCCCUAAAGAGCAUGUAUAUUGUUAAGAGGAGUCUCUCUCUAUCUCUCUGUAUAUCAUCACUCUGUGUGGCAUGUACUUCAUAAGCCCCAUGCUGUAAACCUCCUGGAGAACUAUUUUUUACCUGUUGUACAUUGUGAGAGUUUAUAUUCUGCCCUCUUGAGAAAGCUGACAUGGGCACUAAAGUCGUCAGGGUUUUUUUGUUUUUGUUUUUUUUUUGGUCACCCAAAUAAAAUCUUACCGUGUAAUUUGUACUUUUUCGACUCAGAGGCCGGAGACAUGAGAAAGGAUUCUAUUUUUUAAGUUUGUUUUUAUGCAGCACAUUGCAGCACCCACUGUCUUUAUUUUCCUAUUGCACAUCUACUGAAUAUGCUGUUGAUAUAACAGCAUAUUACGAUUUAAAACUUGUUACAAGACAUAUCCAUGUACAUUUGUAAAUAUGUAAUUCUGACUUGUAUGUAAAUUGAAAAGCAGCUUUAAUAAAGUCUGAAAUGGU